AUGGCGGCACGGAGAAAAAUAGAGAUAUUUAUCGAUAUAACCGAUGAAAAGGAAUCUGAAAAUAUUAUUAAGGAAAAUUCAGAUCAGCUGAUAUGUGCAGAGGUAUACAGCAAUUGUUUCGGCUCAUGUACAGCGCUGGACCGCUUAUUUACCACCAUCAAACUGGACUGGAGCGAUGGAAAAAUGAUUUUGCUUAAGAUUCCAGCUGAUGAAAUAGAUGUACUGCAGCGGUUCCGCUAUCAAAGUGAGCCGGUUUACUUGUUUAUUUUGAAGGAGAAGGUGACAACUGUGUUGCGUGGUGUAGACGCCAUCAAGAUGGCGGAGGUGGCUAAGGUAGAACUGCAAUACUACAAAAUGGAACAGGAUGGCAUUGAAAUUGAUAGACCUACAUAUGACUUGGAUCAACCCACUCCUUAUGAAAUGGAGUGGAUGACGGAAAGAGCUGCUGAGAAGAAAUCGGAGACCAUUGCGUUAGAAAAUCGACGGGCGGCGAGGCAGGCAGCACGCAAGCGGCACCGUGCUGAGCUGAUGAUUCCACAUCUUAGGCAUCUCAAUUUCGUGCUAUUCUGGCCCCAUUCUAUCCAUGCUCAUCCAGAGUUGUACGAGCGCUGGGAUUUAAACAACAUCGUCAUGGUUGGUCGCGAAGAGAUGCAGUUGACAAAGGAGAUAGCUGAAGAUAUAUUUUACGCGGGAGAUGCCCCAAUCAACGAAGCUUCUAUGCACAAGCUGUUGUCUGGAAGAUCUCUAGCCAUAUGUUUCAGACUGUUAGACACAGAUAAACACUUCGUUUCAUUGGUGCGAUCUAUAUUAUACGAUCAAGUACCAACAAUUGACGAAGACAAACUCCUGAGUGAGCAACCUCCACGGAAGACUGCUUUCGAUCUGUACAAGUCAUUCAGUCCUACUAGAGAACAGGUUUUACAGGAGAGACAGAAAGAGAAAAUUCGGCGUAAAGAAGAAGAAAUAGAAAAACGUGCCCGACGCUUGAGUGAAAUGCAAAGGUUAGCGCGGCAAGCUAUUGAAGAAGCUAUACAGGCCAAAAGAGUGGAAAAAGAGAAAAAGAAAAUGGAAUUAUUAAAAUCUGGUAAUUUAGCAGCGUUGGAUCAAAUGACGGACGAGGAUGAAGAAGUGGACAUUGUUAUUCCAGAAAAUCUUCCGGAAGAGGACGUAGAAGGAGAGAGUAGUGAAGAGGACGAUGAUAAUGAAUAUUUACCACCAGCGGGACUAUUGAUACCAGGAUUUUAUGCGCCGCCAAGUGACAUAGCUAAAGUAAACGGUUUAGCGAUAUUAUUUCCAAAAUUGGUGAAAGAGUGCGUCUCGCCACAAGAUGAGUUCCUUCCUCCUCAUGUAUUGGUGGCGCUGAGUAUUCAACAACGUUAUACGGCGAUGGAUGUCAUGCGGAAACAUAAAUCUUCCAUUAUACAUAUGGGUAUAUUCAGAAUGCUGACACCUUAUGAUGCAGUUCAUAUUGCAUAUAGUGUACGUCAAUAUGAGCAACUGAAUAUGACAAACGAGGAAGGAAUCAGAUUGGCUUACAUGCUGUCUGUGAAGAUAGACCUCCCGUUGUUAGAGCUGAUGGAUUUGAAGCCGGAACACGUCAGCCGUGACUCUACGUAUGGAGAGGAUGAAUGUGCCGCAAUGUUCCCUGUCGAUUAUGCGGACACUUAUCCAGAAUUUGAAGACUUUGGCGAUAUGACUGUGCUGAAGUCAACAGAGUAUUGA